AUGGCUUCCUUCACGCCUUCAGGCAUUCCUGUCAUUGAUAUAUCGUCUUUGACGAAAGGAGAUCGGUCUCACAAUCAUCGAGCCGUAGCCGACCAAUUCGCUCGGCACCUCCCAAGCAAUGGCUGCAUUGGCAUCACUGGCCAUGGCAUAUCUCUAGAACGCCUCAAGGAAGCCUUCAGCGUCACUAAAUCACUUUUCGAUCUCUCGUAUGAGGAUAAGAUGAAGGCACCGCAUGCCACAGCCAUAGUCCCUCAUAGUGGCUACUCCAGCGUCGGCAAGGAGCAUUUGGGCAAUCAAGACUCAAAAAACGGUGCCAAGUUCGAAGCGUCAGACUAUAAGGAGAGCUACGACAUCCGCAGCGAGGAAAACAAGAUCGACUACAACAUCUGGCUCCCUGAGGAGGUCCUUCCUGGCUUUCGCGCCUUCACUACCAAGUUCUUCUGGGAGCUGCAUCAGCUGAGCGACAAGAUUCUGGGCGCUCUGAUCCUCAGCCUGGAAGCCACCGAAGAGGAGGCGAAAGCCGUGAAGGCGCUAUACACCGGGCAUGAGAAUGAUCUCAGACUGGCUCAUUACUUCCCAAUCGAAGAUGCGGAGAAAGGCAGGGGCCGCUUGGGCGCGCACACUGACUGGUCGAUAUUUACUCUACUGUUCCAGGAUGAGAAUAGUGGCCUUGAGUUUCAGGAUCGGAGGACUGGCGGCUUCCUGGAGGCCACACCGCAGGAGGGCGUUAUCUACAUGAACAUUGGUGACAUGUUUAUGCGUAUUUCAAAUGGUUUCUAUCCAUCUGCACUACACCGUGUCGUUGCCAAUGAGGGUGCAACCCCAGAUCGAUACUCGAUCCCUUACUUCGUUGUGCCGGACAGGGAGGGUGUCAUCGAACCUUUGCCUUCAAGGGUUAAGGAGGAUGGGAAGUCGGUGUAUGAGAGCGUGAAGUAUGGUGAAUACAUGAUGAGUAUGUGGGAGAAGGUCAGGUGA